AUGGGAAAGCGCAAACGGCAUCACGCAGAGCCAAAGCGCUGGUAUGUCGAAGUGAUUCUCAAGGCGAAGCGACAAUUCAACUCAUCGGGCGACAUCCGCAUGUAUGAAGUUCGCCUCGGUGGAUGGAUCUAUUUUGUCAAGUGGGCUGGAUGGUCCGACGACGACAAUACCUGGGAGCCCAUAGAAAAUCUCCUUUCGUGUCUCUCAAAGAUUCAUAGAUUCUGGCAACUCGGCGUGGACCAAGGUUCGCGAACUUUCAUGACAAACGAGAACGGUGUCAUAGUUUCUCCACUCGACGGCUACAUAGAAGCAGAAAAAAAGAUAUUUGCGAAGGAGGUUCCACAGGCGGAAGUGGACGCACAAAACGCAAACCCAAGACGAGCGAGAACGGAAUGGGUCACAGAUUCCCUGUCUCCAAGCAGGUCUCCGUCGCCCAAUGUAGACGAGGAAGAUGUUGAUGUGGAGGCAGCCCCGGCUAAAAAAGCUCGGAUUGCAACUCCGCUUGAAGCCGAAAAACAACCAAAACUGAUCUUGAGGAUCCCCGCAAUGAAACACAGGCAGAUGGGCGGAGACGAAGGAAUGGUGCAUCCGUCGCAGUCGGCCCCUCAAGUUGAGCAACUUGAACUAACAACUCCCGUUCCUAAAGACGGAAAUUCCGCUCCUGAACCCAAACCGGAAGCCAACAUGGAUGACAAGGAAUCCGGUGGAGAAGUCAAAAAGACAUGGAAUCGUCGGCAGAUCAAAGUCAAACUUUGGGAUGGUCCCCAAGCACUCGAAUCCAUCGGUAAUCCCACGAAAAAACGGUUGGCGCAACAAAAAAUCGCACCAAAUAUUCCGCACUAUCCAGACAAAGCUUCCAAAGCAAGACGGGCCACCGAUGUGGAGGAGAACCAAGAGACCUCUGCUCCUGCAGAUGUUCGCCGCGAGACAACACCAACAGGCAACAACUACGUGGGAGAGGGAACGCUGGAGUUUGGUAGCACCAUCCCGGAAAUGGUGGCGAGCGAUGCGAUAACAACGUCCUUCUAUGACGCUGGCGAAGAUCCCCUUGCUGCCCUACGGGUCAACCAUGACCAUCAUUUGGCCAAUGAAGACCUGAACAUAGACAUCACUAUGCUACUCACAUCGAUUGAGCAACAGGCAUGGACAGACCUCGGAGUGGAUAUGCAGUAA